GUUUAGCCACAUCCGGGGCCAGGCGUAGAUGGCACUGCAAACCAGAAUGCACUUUUUAUAAAGGCGAGUUUGGGCUCUACAUCCUUCUUAUUUCCUCUGGAUUCUGUUGGUGGAGGAUAGUUUGUCGCGUGGUCGCGUUGGCUUCUCUUGUUUUAUCUGAGAUAUAAUGGGUUUCGUCAAAGUAGUCAAGAAUAAGCAAUAUUUUAAGCGAUAUCAAGUUAAAUUCAAGAGGCGACGUCAAGGGAAAACUGAUUACUAUGCUCGAAAAAGAUUAACUAUACAAGACAAAAAUAAAUAUAAUACUCCUAAAUAUAGGUUGAUUGUACGAUUAUCUAAUAAAGAUAUUACUUGUCAAGUUGCUUAUUCAAGAAUUGAAGGAGAUCGAAUUGUAUGUGCUGCUUAUAGUCAUGAACUUCCUGAAUAUGGAGUGAAAGUUGGUCUUACUAAUUAUGCAUCUGCAUAUUGUACUGGCUUACUUUUGGCAAGAAGGUUGUUGAAGAAAUUAGGAUUGGAUACUUUGUACGUUGGUACCACAGAUGUAACUGGUGAUGAGUACAAUGUUGAAGGAUUGGAUGAUGGCCCAGGUGCAUUUAGAUGUUAUCUGGAUACUGGUUUAAUGCGUACCACAACAGGUGCACGAGUUUUUGGUGCUAUGAAAGGUGCAGUUGAUGGAGGACUUAAUAUUCCUCAUAGUACCAAAAGAUUUCCCGGGUAUGAUAAUGAAUCAAAGGCAUUCAAUGCAGAUAUACAUAGGCAACAUAUAUUCGGUCAACAUGUUGCAAAUUAUAUGAAAACCCUUGAAGAAGAAGAUGAUGAAGCCUUUAAAAAACAGUUUUCCCAAUAUAUCAAGCAUGGCAUCUCUGCGAACGAUAUUGAGAACAUCUAUAAGAAGGCUCAUGAGCAAAUUCGGGCUAACCCAGAGUAUAAGAAGAUUAUCAAAGAUAAGGAACCCAUUAAGAAGAGAUGGAAUCGCGCCAAAUUAUCAUUAUCGGAAAGAAAGAAUCGUGUAGCGCAGAAGAAGGCCUCUUUCCUCACAACAUUAGAAGAAAUAGAGGCAUAAUCAUUUUUCAGCUUGUAUUAUUUCUGUAUAUAUAAGUUUAUAAAUACACAGAUAUUAAUAAACAAAAAAUAAAAGCAAAUUUGUAACGAA